CGCACGCCACUGCGCUGCCAUUGGCUCAGCAUCGCGUCGUAGAAAGAAGUUAAAGCAAGCGCGGCCAUUUUCUGUUACGGCGCCAGCGUCAAGGUGGACCUGAAGGAUGGCCGCAGGGACCACUGUGAAAAUAUUUGUCGGGAACCUGUCAGUAGAUACGUCCCAGGAGGAGCUUGCUGCGAUCUUUGAACCCUAUGGCACUGUGGUGAGUUGCAGCGUCCUCCGCCAGUUCGCUUUCGUCCAUCUGGCAGGAUUGGAGGGGGCAAAACGUGCCAUCCAGCAGUUGAAUGGGUGUGAAUUCAAAGGGCGCAACCUGGUAGUGGAGGAGUCUCGUGGCCGCCCUGUUAAUUCCACCAAGGUGUUUGUGGGCAACCUGACUGCCCUCUGCACUGCCCAGGACCUAAAAGAACUCUUCCAGACCUUCGGCAAGGUGCUGGAAUGCGACAAGGUUAAAGGUUAUGCCUUUGUUCAUAUGGAAAAAAAAGAAGACGCCCUCCAAGCCAUUGAAACCUUACAUGGGACCACCUUUAAGGGACGCCCUCUAUCUGUUGAGCUCUCCAAGGUUCAGCCAAGCAAACGAGCACCCACUGGAAAAAUCCCUUGCGUUAACUGUGGGAAGCAUGGUCAUUAUGCAGGUGACUGCCCAUUAUCUCAGACUCAGUCUGCUCUAGAGCAGUAUCAGUCACAAGUGGCAGCAGCAGCUGCAGCUGGUGUGCAACUACAGUCUCAUUUCCAAGUUCAACAUCCUGUCCAUAAUUCUUUGUAUGCAGCUUCCAUUGCCAAUCAGGUCUAUGAUGCUUCUUUUGGCUCAUUAGGGAGCUCUGUGUAUGCUUCUGCUUAUGGUGCAGAUGGAAACCCAGUGAAUGCUGCAGCUGUUUAUGGGAGCAUGGCAAACUCCAUGUAUGGUUCAGUUGCAAAUCCUGCAGUCUAUGGAUCAGUAGGAAACUCUGUCUAUGGGUCCAUGGCAGAUUCAGUGUAUAGCUCAGUAGCCAAUGCAGCAGCUGCAUAUAGUGCUAUGGCUAACCAAGCAUAUACUACUGUUGCAAACCAGGUUUAUGCAAGCACAGUUAGCAAUCAAGCAUAUCCUUCAGUUAGUAAUGCAGUUUAUGCCACUGUUGGUAAUCCAGUUUAUGGUACUGUGAGUGGUACAGUGGGUGAUGCAGCAGCUGCGGCUGCUGCGGCAGCCGCAGCUACCAAUUCAGUGUAUGGUGCCACAGUGGCCAAUCAAGUUUAUGGCUCUGUUGUAGGCUCUUCUCUCUAUAGCUCCAUGGCAAAUUCUGCCUAUGGAGCAAUUGGAAGUGCCAUGUCAGUAGGAGAUCCCGCCACGCAAGCUGUGCUAGAGGCUGCACGAGCACAGUACUAUUCUCAAAAGCAGCCUUCAGUGUCAGACCAUCGUACUACUGCUGAUUCCACAUCCCUCGUUCAGAGAGAAGAGAGGAGACCACCCUCCCCUGCUUCCCCUUAUGGAGCUCGGGACCGAAGUCCUGUGCACCGAUCUGCUCAUACUCCCCCUGAUCCAAAUCCAAAGGGCUUUCUAUACCAGCGGGCUCGUGCAUCAGCAUCAUCACCCUUCAGUACUGAAGAAGAAAGGAGAUCUGACUCUGACCCAAUUUCCAGGUUUUAUUCAGAGUACAGCCUUCCUCCUACACACUCUUCUAGCCGCAGCCCUCCAGAUGCUAGGGCUCGUGGCAGCCGACGAUCACCACCUCCUAGGCCAUAUGAAUCACUGCAGGAUCCUUCCUCUUCGUCGUCCUCCUCCUCCUCUUCCCGCCGCCGUCCUGAUUUCCUCCGCCGCCGUUCGCCGGAACCCCGAUCCGAUAUCCGCCGCCUGACUCCUGGGGGUUUGUUUUGAUGGUUUUCGGUCGGGAGUAGUAACUGAUGUACUGGUAAAACCUGUCCUAGAUGACCACCCUUGGUUCCGGAUGAAAACAAGGCAACUACAACACGCUUAAUGGAGCACAGGUGCCAGGAUAUCUCCUAAAAAUCAUCAGUCAUUAUUUCAUGAAAGGUGGGGUUCUUCUACAGCAAAGUGGUCCUGAGCACAGGUUUUACCUGUACCGACUAUCUCUUGGUGGUCACUCCACCUUCUUCCAGAUCUACCAGUGGAGAUGUGAAGAAAAGCCAUCAGGAUCCUGGACAAGUUUAACAGUUGAUAAGGUACCUUCAUUGGAGGCAUUUGCUAAAAUAAUGAAUAUUAGUUUUGUUUACAUGAUUCCCUUUAGAAAGAUCAAAAUUACUGUUCAGGCUUGGCAUUUGUCCUUUGCCCUAGACCUUAAUGUAUACUAUCUAGGAUUUAAUAAGUUAUCUAUACAUAGUUGAAAAUUUUCAAUAAUGUGUUUAAUAUUGGUUUCAUGUCACAGUAAUAUCAGUAUGCAGUAUAUCAGCCAGAAAAUUGUAAACUGUCUAGGAAAUGUUUUAGUUGUAACUGUACUUAAAAUGGUGCAUCCCUAAAGCCAAGAUUACAGUUUAUUUUAGAGGGGUGCUGCUGUUUACAUACAAAAAUAACUUGGCAGAAAAAGUUAUCUAUGUUAAGAAUACUGCUCUUUCUGUAAUUUUACAUUCAUAAUGUUAAGCCUUGUCUAAAUUUCACAUUUUAAUUUGUGGUCUUUGUUACCUGUGCUUGGCUGUGUAAUUUUGCUACCUGCCAAUAGCAAUUUCAUUGCAUGACCUUUAGUAGCAAUACAAUUCUUGAGCAAGUGUAUUUUAAAUAAGUUUCUUGUUGAAUUAAUUUUCUACUUUUAAAUCCGGAUAUUUUUAAGUUGAUGUCCAGCUUGUUUUACUGGAAUAUAAGCUACCAAAUCCAAUGAAGGUACCUUCUUUUUUUUUUUUUUUUUUUUUUUUUUUUCUUUCUUAAUUUCAGAUGAGUACAACACUGAGAAAGCACAUGUGUUUUAAUUCAAGCUCUCCCUUUCAUUAACUGGGUGGGCUUUUAAAAUGCAGAUCAGAUCAUUACAUUUAUGAAAAUAGAUGUAUGAAUCCUUUAGCAAAAUUCCAGCACGAUCCAUGCAGAGCUUCUUACCUGAACUUUAUAUUUAAUGCCUAUGCUUUUUGAAUACAGCUUUUAGACAUUUAAAAACAAAUCCUUUUAUCAUUUGGAUAUGCUUUUUUGAGUUAUGCUUUAUUUUGGAUUUUCUUUUGUACAGCAGACUUUUUCAGUAAUAACCAUAGUUUGUUUACUGGGUAAGAUAUAAGCCCAUUUGUGUUUGUGACCUAGUUUAAGUUGUAUAAUUCUAAAAAGGGCCUUAUUGUCCUUUUUUCAGCUGUGAAUUUUUUUCCUUUUCAAUCUCACAAACACACUUAAUUUUUCCCCCUAACAUGCACAUAUUUGUAUGACCUUUAAUUCCUAAUAGCUUAAUAUCUGUAAAUAACUGAGACACCCUUGUACAGAUUAUAAGAUUCCUUAUUGAACAAGUCUAAUUUAAGAAGGAUCACUGUCAGUCUGUCGUCAUAUAUAAAUAUAUAUCAUGUGAAAAGGUAAGAUUUUUCUCUUCUGUGUGUUUGACUUGCUUGUUUUUGUUGUAUUCAUGAAAGUCAUUUUUUUUUUCUAUAAAGGCUUUUGCAACAUAAUAAAAGAUCAGUAACAUUGCUGUUUUCUCUUCUCAACACUAAGUCCAUAGCUGAUGAGCUGUAAGCUCACAGUAUGAGGGUAAUUGAUAAUAAAUGAUACUAUGAAGUGUUGGGGUUGAAGGUGAAGAUAUCGUUAAUUUUAAAUUCACAGUCAUCUGUUUCUCCACUACAUAAAUCUUAUUAGCUAGGUACUUCUAUUUUCUGUGCUUUUAUUUCUUAAAUAUAUAAAGGUUAUAAUUUAAGUUAGUGGACUUCAUUUAAAUGAAGGCAGACAUAAGGACAAAAGGAAAUUUUUGGCUGGUAUUUCAGUGUUGGCACAUGGAAUUUUGAAUUCAAGCAAUAAUCCUCCACAAUUCCACUAUAUCCUUACAUUUUUUGUUUUAAAUCUGGAAACCUGCUACAUUCUAAAUGUAGGGAUAAUACAAGAGAGGCCGAGGAUAUCUGAAGCACUUCAUGCAUUUUAAUUCAUUAGUACUGAAUUUACUAAAAAGAUUGAUAUGACUAACUAGACAUAUUGCUAAAUUUUCUUAUAAUAUAUAUAUACAUACUUUUUCCUUUCUGAUAGCAGGUCUUUAAACAUUUUCCAUUUUAAGUCUUUCUUUUGAGACAUCAUACCUGACCCUCUCAGUGAGCUGUUCACUGAUUACUAUAUGAUCUUUCUUUUUUGAGUUGGCUUUCAUUUUUUGAGUGUUUUAAUAAUUGGAUUUAGUGUUCUUCAAACAGUCAUUGUGUGUAUGUCAUUUAAAAAGGUGGCAGGCUAAGGCUAUCAUUUGUUCAUUUACUGAGGAUUGUCAACCGAUGAUGUUGAAAGACAACAAUAUUUAAAGAUUAAAUGCAUUUGUUUAAAGCCCAUGCUUAAUGGGUUCAACUGCAAUGCAGUGAUUGAUAUUUUCAUAUACUUUUUAAAGUAUUAUUUUUAUGCAGAAUCUCUAGACUUACAGGUUUAAGCACUGUUUAAUAUUCUGGCCAGUUAUCACCUUAAAUUUUUAAACAACCUUCCAUUUCAUCUACAUUUUCAUGAGCGCCAUCUAAAUAAUAAGACAAGGCAACUCUUAAACUGGUAAGUGCUGAGUUGUGUCUCUUAGAUAACCUUGGCUGCAUUUACUGCAAUUUGUUUUCAAAAAUAAUUUAUCAUCUUUGUAUGAUAAAGGAAGAGCUAACGUUCUUCAAUUGCAGAAUAAAAGUUGGCGUGUGAUGAAGUG